AAAGUUGUGUGUGAAUUAGGAAAAAAGUGUAAAAAGCGGACAGAAUUUUAAUGUUAUUAUGAUCCUGCUUAAAAAAUCACUUUUUUUUGUCUUUGAAGGCUUUGAAUAAAGAGGACUGAAGAUACAGCCUUAAAAUACAGCAGACUGAAUAUAUUCAUCUACUUUGAAAAUGACACGUACUUUGGCACAAUUGGUCAGAGACUACAUGGAGGAGCGCCGGAUUCACCGAAACCGCCUAGUGACUAAAGAUGGUCAUUGCAAUAUAGAAUAUGGGAAUUUGAGGUACAGCAAUCGCUUUGCUUACCUACUAGACUUAUGGACCACCAUCUUGGAGCUUCGAAUGAGCUUUGUCAUGAUCUUAUUUACAGCUUCUUAUCUUUUCAGCUGGUUUUUUUUUUCAGUUAUCUGGUAUUGGAUUGCCUACAGUAAUGGAGAUUUGUGGUGGCAGUACCCUUCACCUGACCAUAAUCCUUGUAUAAUUAAUGUCUAUGGUUUGACCACUGCCUUCCUUUAUUCCCUAACGACCCAGAUGACUGUUGGAUACAGUAUCCGAGUCAUCACUCCGUUGUGCCCGGAUGCCAUCACCCUUCUCGUUAUCCAGACUGUAAUUGGUACAAUCAUUAAAAGCUUCUGGUGUGGAAUCAUUAUUUCCAAAUUUUCCUUGCCUAAGAAAAGAGCAAAAACAAUCCAUUUUAGUGAAACGGCUGUGAUCUCCCCCAAAAACGGUGCCCUCUGUUUGCAGGUCAGAGUGGCCAACCUUCGCAAAACUUUAAUGGUUGGAAGUCACAUCUAUGGAAAAUUGCUUAGAACGACUGUCACCCCUGAAGGUGAGACUAUCAUUAUGGAUCAGAUCAAGAUUGAUUUUUUAGUCGAUGCUGGGAAAGACAACUUGUUUUUUGCAUGCCCUUUGACCCUGUAUCAUGUGAUUGACAAGACAAGCCCAUUCUAUGAGAUGGCAGUGGACACACUGCAACAGCAAGAAUUUGAGCUUGUAGUAUUUCUGGAUGCUACCGAUGAGUCCACCAACUUCUUUUGCCAGGUCAGAACGUCAUACAUUCCUCGAGAGAUCAUGUGGGGUUAUGAUUUUUUCCCCAUCAUCAGCCGGAGCAAGGACGGAACAUACUGCGUGGACUUUUCUGAGUUUGCUAGAGUUGUACCCAUACUAACACCGCAUUGUGCACAUUGCUUCAACAAUGAGACAGCCCAUAAUUCUGACCUCAGAUACAACACUGAAGAUCAAGGACUAAAGGGUAGACAAUCAUCUGUAAAUUUACGACGUGUUCACCUAAACAUUUAACUUGUAAUUCAUUGAAAUGAAUUAAACAGGGUCAUGGAAAUGUUGGAGAAAAUUUAACGUGUUCCAAAAUAAUUUCACUUAAGAAACAUGAAGUUAGCAACCAACUGCACAGGCACUUGAGUUCAUAUGAUUGGAAGUAGCUGUACAUAAGAAAUAUAUGAAAGUUUUAUUAGAUUGAAAUAAUAAUCUAUAUUUAGUGUUCUAAAUGUCUCUAAAUUACCAAAGAUUUGGUCUAUGUGUGUAAAAUGUGAUGUCAUCGCAUUCAACCAAAGCCCUCUUAAAAGAAGAAUAAAAAAAAGACUUAUUGUAUCUUUCUUUCUGUAAAAUAUAUGUUGAGAAAAUUAUGACAUAAAAUUACCAUCUAUACUGUAUAUCACUUAAUAUUGCUUGUACUACUAUGAGGUGACCAAGGACGGGUCAGUGCCAUUUAAUUCAAUUACUGGAUCAUCUGUUAUUAUUUGUUACAUAUCAUUUAAAAUGGAACAUCCUAAUAUUGUAUUAUUGAUUCCUGAUGUUCAAUUUUCAUUUCUGCAUUUCACUCUGUUGUGCACUGCUUGUGCUCACUCACUCCUUUACUACAAGGUUUUAAUAAAAUGGUUUUCUAAAUGCAAAUCAAAUUCAAUUUACUCAAUGUGUGAAAUGUGGGAUUUCUGUUAUUUUAGGUUACUGUACAUGGGAAGUUCUAUAAAUUCUUUGUAAAAUACAUAAAGUUUAGGACACUUCUUUUGGAAGCCAUUAUUUUGCAUCAUAUUGUAAUAAUGUACUGACUGCUUGAUUAUUAUAUGUCAAUAAAGAUUUUUCUUUUGCCAAAA